AAGACGAGAAGCUGAGACUCUUGGAUUGCAUCUCUACUCAUAGUUUGACAUCACUUGAACUAUAACUCAAUGUGAUGGUAUCCUGGGAGUUGUAGUUUGCCACCUUGCCAGACUUGAGUGGGUGACACUCUUCGAUUGCACCUACCGUUCCAGAUCAAUGCAGCAUUGCACCGUUUGAACUGCUAUGACUCAAGCCUAUGGCAUCUGGGGAGUUGUAGUUUUGCAAGGUCCUUCCAUAACCAGGCAGGAUUUCUCACCAGUUUGACGCUCCCGCCUCCAUACAUGUGAGCAACCACAUUUCAUCGCUGUGAAAAUCUGGGAGUUGUAGCCCGACAAGGUCUUUUGCCUUCUCCUGCAAAGUAGGUUAGUGUCCUCGAAACUACAGCUCCCAGGAUCCCAUAGCAUUGAGCCGUCACAAUCCAAGUGGUGUUAAAAGUUAAAUGCAUCCUAACACAGGUCCUUCUUUGGAAAAGCAAAGGGGGAAAGUCUAUUGGCGUCAUGAGCCUCUGCUGCAGAAACAGAGAUAACCGAUCUGGCUCUGGCAAAGAAUUUGCUGAUUUUGCAAGAGGCCGAGUAACUGAGUUGUAAAAAGCAAGGAAGCAUGGAGGGAGCUUGGAGGCAGGACACGAAACCCGGUUUGUUCUCUCAAUCGGAUUGUCAGAAUAAGUGAAAAGGUCCACCAAAGUCUUUCCAAAAGUGCAAAGAGGGGGAAAGUGUCAAAGUUCCUAAAGUGUCGAAACAAAGGACAGGGUUACGAAACAAAAGUCGCAACGUGUUUCCAAAAAGGGGAAAGUCUGGUCUUGGAAAUAUCAAAACAAAGAUCGCCAUGGCCAACUUGAGAUGCGCUCUCCGGAUAGCCUCCUCGUUCCAGGCUCCGUCCUCCAAGUGUUGCGUCCAGUUCUUCAGCAGUGGGGCCGGCCAAACAACCGAAAAGAAUGUCCCUUAUGAGAAGACACUGAAGGAAGAGAGUUCUCCAAGAGGGCAAGGGCCCACAAAGCCUCUUCCAGCGUCAGCCGAUGUGGUCGUGGUUGGUGGAGGUAGCCUCGGGUGCCAAACUGUCUAUCAUCUUGCCAAGAUGGGGGUGACCAAUGUCAUCCUGCUGGAGAGGGACCGCUUGACUUCAGGCACCACCUGGCAUACAGCAGGUCUUCUGUGGCAGUUGCGCCCGAGCGACGUGGAAGUGGAGCUGUUGGCGCACACCCGCAAUGUGGUCAGCCGGGAUUUGGAGCAAGAGACGGGCCUUCACACGGGAUGGAUCCAAAAUGGCGGCCUCUUCAUUGCAUCCAACAAACAAAGGCUGGAUGAAUACAAGCGGCUCAUGUCUCUGGGCAAAGUUUACGGCAUCGAGUCGUACGUCUUGUCUCCGGCGGAAACAAAGGACUUAUAUCCCUUGAUGAACGUGGAUGAUCUUUACGGUACCCUUUAUGUCCCCAAAGAUGGCACCAUGGAUCCAGCUGGGACAUGCACAACCCUCACCCGAGCCGCCAGCGCCCUGGGAGCUUUGGUGAUCGAAAACUGCCCAGUAACAGGCAUUGAGGUGAAGACAGACGAUUUGGGUGUCCGAAGGGUGGCAGCAGUGGUGACCAACGCUGGGACAAUUGAGACACCUUGUGUGGUCAACUGCGCAGGAGUAUGGUCCCAGGCCCUGGGGAAAAUGGCAGGGGUCAACGUGCCCCUCGUCGCAAUGCAUCAUGCCUACGUGGUUACGGAGAGGAUCGAAGGAAUCCAGAACAUGCCGAACGUUCGAGAUCAUGAUGCCUCGGUGUAUCUGCGUCUCCAAGGCGAUGCCCUUUCUGUGGGCGGGUAUGAGUCAAAUCCAAUUUUCUGGGAAGAGGUGCAGGACAAGUUUGCCUUUGGCCUCUUUGACCUGGAUUGGGACGUCUUCAUGCAGCACAUUGAAGGUGCCAUCAAUCGUGUCCCCGUCCUAGAGAAAACGGGGAUUAAAUCCACAGUCUGCGGUCCAGAAUCAUUUACUGCAGAUCACAAGCCCCUCAUGGGAGAAGCACCAGAAGUCAGGGGCUUUUUCCUCGGCUGCGGGUUCAAUAGUGCAGGCAUGAUGCUUGGAGGUGGUUGUGGGAAGGAGCUGGCCUACUGGAUCAUCCAUGGGCGUCCUGAGAAGGACAUGUACAGCUAUGACAUCCGGAGGUUUCACCACAAUCUCACUGGAAACAACCGUUGGAUUCGGGAGCGGAGCCACGAGUCGUACGCCAAAAACUACUCCAUCGUCUUUCCGUAUGAUGAGCCUUUGGCUGGGCGCAACGUGAGGAAGGAUCCCCUGUAUGAGGAGCUUCUGCAACAGGGCUGCGUCUUUCAGGAGAGACAUGGAUGGGAACGACCUGGUUGGUUUAACCCCAAAGGCGAAGCUCCGGCUUUGGACUAUGACUAUUACGGUGCGUACGGCCAACAGUCCCAUGAAGACUAUCCCUACAACACGUUGCUUUCGGCUGAGUAUACAUUUGAUUUUCCACCUCACCAUAAGACUAUCCGAAACGAGUGCCUCACCUGCCGAAAUGCUCUCGCUGUGUUUGAUAUGUCGUACUUUGGGAAAUUUUACCUGGUUGGUCCGGAAGCUCGCACAGCAGCCGACUGGCUCUUCACGGCUGAUAUCCGCAAACCAAAUGGGACAACCAUUUACACCUGCAUGUUAAAUAAGCGCGGAGGCGUCGAGAGCGACCUGACCGUCAGUCCAAUAGUCCCCGGCGCUCAGGAUUCGGCAUUGGCACCGGCGUUCGAAGGGGAUGGCUACUACCUUGCUGUCGGUGGUGCGGUGGCACAACACAACUGGUCCCAUAUCACGACGGUUCUGCAGGACAAGAAGUUCCAGUGUCAACUGAUGGACCGGUCAGAAGAGCUUGGCAUGAUCAGCAUCCAAGGACCUUCCAGCCGUGAAGUUCUGCAAGACGUCCUUGAUACGGAUCUUGGUGAUGGUGCUUUUCCGUUCUCCACACACAAGCUGGUGAAGGUCGCAGGCUGCAUGGUACGUGCCAUGAGGCUGUCGUUUGUGGGCGAGAUGGGAUGGGAGCUCCAUGUGCCCAAGAAGGACUGCGUGACCGUCUACCGCGCGGUCAUGAAGGCUGGCGCCAAACAUGGCAUCAUGAACGCCGGCUACCGAGCCAUCGACUCGCUCAGCAUUGAGAAAGGUUAUAGGCACUGGCACGCAGAUCUCCGACCGGACGACAGCCCCCUCGAGGCGGGCCUCGCUUUCACCUGCAAACUCAAGUCAGACAUCCCUUUCCUUGGACGGGAGGCGAUAGAAGCCCAGAAAGCCUCCGGAAUCUUCCGCCGUCUGGUCUGCUUCACUAUCGAUGAAAAGGUGCCCAUGUUUGGGUUGGAAGCCAUCUGGAGGAACGGCAAAGUGGUUGGGCACAUCCGCCGGGCAGACUUUGGGCACGCGAUCAACAAAACCAUUGCCUACGGCUACAUCCGGGAUCCUGACGGAGGACCAGUCACGCCUGAUUUUGUGAAAAGCGGCAAAUACAUGCUGGAGAGGAUGGGUGUUGCCUACCAAGCGAAAGCCCACACAAGAUCCCCCUUCGAUCCCGACAACAAGAGAGUGAAAGGGAUCUAUUGAGGCGAUUCGAUCUCGAAAACACAGGAAGCUUCUACCGAAAGAGGAAAAGGGGGCGAAGGAAGGUGCGGAAUAACAUUGCGCGGUGCCGGAAAUCUUGGCCAAGGUCCUACGACAAGGUUGAGUUGCAUCUGUCUGCUCCAAAUGCCGAGUUACCACCUAUAUUUUGCGAUUGCAUCAAAUGGCAAGGUUGUACGAUGGAACCACAGACGGCACCAAACGCACACCCACGUGAAAUGACUCUCGUGAGACAAAAAAAUCCCAACCAUUUCCAUAGGAGAAUUCAUCCAUGCAUAAGACAAUAGCAGCGACAAGAUUUUGAGGAACAUCUCCAUUCUUUGUUUAUCUCCCUCAUCCGACAUUACUUCUAUACAUGGAGGUUUUGUUGAGUCUUAUUCUUAGUAAGUUGACCAUAGAGUCAGGCUGGAAGACCCAAAGAUUCCUAAAGAGAAGAAAUUCUAGGUCCUCCACGGCAGUUCUAUGGUGAGCUUUGGUUGUCUCGACUGGUCCUCAGAGAACCAAAAAUGGGAAUCUGAGGCUUAUUCUUAUAUAUGAAACCGGAAGUUGACCAUAGAGUCAGGAUGGAAGACCCAAAGAUUCCUAAAGAGAAGAAAUUCUAGGUCCUCCACUGCAGUUCUAUGGUGGGCUUUGGUUGUCUCGACUGGUCCUCAGAGAACCAAAAAUGGGAAUCUGAGGCUUAUUCUUAUAUAUGAAACCGGAAGUUGACCAUAGAGUCAGGCUGGAAGACCCAAAGAUUCCUAAAGAGAAGAAAUUCUAGGUCCUCCACGGCAGUUCUAUGGUGAGCUUUGGUUGUUUCUACUGGUUCUCAGAGAAAAAAUAAAUGGAAAUCUGAUCAAUCUAGGGAUUCCUUUCAUUGGUCCUCCUGUUUGGUUUUGCUGAUAGAGCCAAUAUAUUGCAAUCCAAGCAACUAGACGGACUGAACUCCUUUCUCAUGAAAAGCUAUCCCUGCCAUAUCUCUCAUUGGCAUCAGGGUUUCCUGUAGAAGCUGCAAAGAAUCAAAGUCAAGCCAAACUUGAGCUGAAAGCGAUUAAGGUCCAAUUAAGGUUCAACCCAGGUCUUAUUUUGACGCUUCUUUGUCAAGCUUUACAAUGGUGGGGGAUGCUGGGAAGUGGGGUCCAUUGUGUUCACAGGGUGAGGCCGGCUCCGGAAGUACCUCCGUAACUUUUGGCAACGUUUGUCUCUCCCAUUCUCCCUGUCAGGGAAAGAGAACAAGCAUUGUGAGUAAUUGAAUUGUUGAGUGAAGAGCCAACAAGAAGAUCAAGCCAAUGAGUCUCAUGUAGUGGUUUCCAACCAUAGGAUUUAGAUUGAAGUUGGCCAUAAAGUCAUGCAGGAAAAGCUAGGAUUCCAAGACUGAACACUUCUCUAGGAAUCUCUCGUUCUUCCAGUGCAACUUUGUGGUCCACUUCUGCCAAUUGGCCAUCAAGUCGUGCUGGAAGGUCUGGAAAUUCCUAGACAGAACACCUAGGAAUCCCUAGGUGCAACUCAAUGGUCAACAUCCUUUAGAAGUUGGCCAUAAAGUCAUGCUGGAAGACCUAGAAAUUCCUAGUUACUCUAAUUCAAUGAUCAAUGUCCUUCAAAAGCUGGCCAUAAAGUCAUGCUGGAAGACCUAGAAAUUCCUAGUUACUUAAAUUCAAUGAUCAACGUCCUUCAGAAAUUGGCCAUAAAGUCAUGCUGGAAGACCUAGAAAUUCCUAGUCACUGCAACUCAAUGGUCAACGUCCUUCAAAAGCUGGCCAUAAAGUCAUGCUGGAAGACCUAGAAAUUCCUAGUCACUUUAAUUAAAUUAUCAACGUCCUUCAGAAAUUGGCCAUAAAGUCAUGCUGGAAGACCUAGAAAUUCUUAGUCACUGCAACUCAAUGGUCAACGUCCUUCAGAAGUUGGUCUUAAAGUCAUGUUGGAAGACCUAAAAAUUUCUAGUCAUUGCAACUCAAUGGGCAAAGUCCUUCAGAAGUUGGCCAUAAAGUCAUGUUGGAAGACCUAGAAAUUCCUAGUCAUUGCAACUCAAUGGUCAACGUCUUUCAAAAGUUGGCCAUAAAAUCAUGUUGGAAGACCUAGAAAUUCCUAGUCAUUGCAACUCAAUGGUCAAUGUCCUUCAAAAGUUAACUAUAAAGUCAUGCUGGAAGACAUAGAAAUUCCGAGUCAUUACAACUCAGUGGUCAACGUCCUUCAAAAGUUGGCCAUAAAGUCAUGCUGGAAGACCUAGAAAUUCCUAGUCACUGCAACUCAAUGGUCAACAUCCUUCAAAAGUUAACUAUAAAGUCAUGUUGGAAGACCUAUAAAUUCCUAGACAUUGCAACUCAAUGGUCAACGUCCUUCAGAAGUUGGUCUUGAAGUCAUGCUGGAGGACCUAGAGACUCUGAAAUGGAACAACUCACUUGGAAUUUAUAGAUCCUCCAUUUCAACUCAAUGGUUAACGUCCUUCAGAGCUUGGCCAUAAAGUUAUCCUGAAGGACCUAGAGAUUCCUAGACGGAACAUGGGAUCUCUAGGUCCUCCAGUGUAUUUUUGUGGUCAAAUUCCACCAGAGUUGGCUGUAAAGCCAUGCUGGACGACCUAGAAAUUCCUAGUCACUUUAAUUCAAUUAUCAACGUCCUUCAGAAAUUGGCCAUAAAGUCACGUUUGGAAGACCUAGAAAUUCCUAGUCAUUGCAACUCAAUGGUCAACGUCCUUCAGAAGAUGGCCAUAAAAUCAUGCUGGAAGACCUACUGGUUAAUCUAGAGAUUCCUAGACAGAAGAUCUCUGUCCACCAGCGAAAUUGGAUGCUAUUUCUUUUUAUGAUUAUGGACAACGAUACUCUGAGAUGUCUUAAAAUGGUUGCCAUAUUGUUUCCUUCCCUUCCUUGGCCAUACGUACCGGGAAACGGACUGCUGAAGACUUAUUACAAUGCAUCGAAAUGGGAGCAAAUCCAUACAGGGAUUUCAAGACAUCUCUGCUGAGUGAAUUCCAAGGCACCGAGGCAAACUGCUGCGUGACGGAGGCCUCUGGGCAUGUGCAGACUUCCUCAUCAUUAAACCUGCCAGAAAGAGAAA